AAAAAUUGAUGGCUAAUAUUAUUGGUUGGCUAAUACGAGUAUAAUGUUUUUACCUUCGAAGCAGUAUAUUAAAAAUAAUAGUCUUCAACGGAAAAAUGCCGAGGAUACCUGUAAUACAUAUAUACAAAGAAUGGUUUGGAAAUCUAAUGAAAUAAUUUUAGACAUAGGAUGUGGACCAGGCGAUGUAACCUCAGAUAUACUUUAUCCUUUAUUAAUGAAGAAUAUCAAUCAGUUGAUUGGUGUUGAUAAAUCAAUAGAAAUGGUAGAAUAUGCUAAAAAAACAUAUGAAUGCUCUAAGAUGGGCUUCGAAGUUCUGGAUAUUGAAAAUGUCAAUGACUGUUCUUUUUAUUCGAAUAGAUUUAACAAAUAUUUUCAUUUUUCUGCUUUCAUUGGAUUCAUAAUAAACCUGAUACCUUGUGUAAUCUACAUUUAA